AUGCUGCAGUUAAUGGAGCCUCCCACCGGAAACUCCAGCGAUAAUGCAAUCACCGGAGAAAUCAGAAUCCGCGUUUGGUGGGCGCUGUUCAUGGCAGACAAUUGGUGCUCCUCGAGCCUGGGCCUACCCCGCCAGAUGAGAGACUUCCCUCGACCAGCUCACUUGCCAAUGGAUGAGCAAUUGUUUUCUACUCUUACCCCCGACCAACCGUUAUCUGUGUGGCAAUCAUGCGAGAUACCGGGCUUAUGGGCGCACAUGGUUACCCUUGUAGAACUGUUCGCACCCAUCCAAGAACUCAAUUGGCGGGUUGCCCAUGGCGAGAGCCUACAGCAAGGCCAAAUCGACCACAACACCGAGCAGCUCGCUCAGCAGCUGGAUACAUGGCUGGAAAAGCUUCCCCGCGGCGCUCAACCGACAGAAUUUAACCUUGCUGAGCACACCAAACGUGGUACUGGUGGCCCUUUUCUCGCCCUGCAUCUGGGCUUCCAUCACUACUGCACUCUACUGUACUAUCAAUACUUGGACACACAGUUAACUCCGACAAUACAGACACAGCGUUUCGCUGCUCGCUGCAAACUUCAUGCUUUCAACUACAGCACACUGCUCGCUCACGGUCGACAGCAGGCUGGUUGUGAGGCCGUUUAUCCUACAGUGGGCCACAUGACGGUUGUAUCGUCGUCGGUUCUUCUACAUACGAUUUUGUUUGGGACAGAGGACGAACUGCCCCAGUCACACCACUGGCUAAGGACCAAUUUCGAAGCUCUUCUCGAGCUAGAACAAUACUGGCCUACCGUAAAAUCAAUGGUAGUUUUAUCACGAGUCUGA